GCUUCCGACCACCAGAACGUCCUUCGCGACCAUCCAAUUCUGUACCAAGUAACUCGCGCGACUCUCUUAUACUGCGCAUGUGGAAGAUGAGGGGUCAUCAGCCCUUCGUUCGAACCUUGGAAGGGACACGUCGUCGGUCCAAAUCGCACCUCCUUAACUUGCACAAUCAUUCUCAAGGUUGAGCGUGGUAUGCUGAUUUUGAACCUUGACAUCUCGCUACUCAUGCGACGAACUACUUCGAGUCCAAGCUCAUCCGGUCUAUGGUUGUUCUGGCCUGCGCUGACAUCGUUGGACCGUCAGCGUGUCUUCCCCUUUGGCUGCUUUCAAGUGCAUGUCUCGAUGUACUUAUUGACGUACGAUGCUCACUCAUCUUCGCUCAAAUUUGAACUGCGCUCGUUAUCCUCAAUCUUUCUUCUUCUCGCGUUAGGCACUGCGGUUACCUUAAUAAUCCCCCCUUCCCCCCAGGCCUCCAAAUCCAAUGCGAGACGAGAUACAAUCUUGUGGAGAACCUGGAUAGCUACCCCUCGCAAGAACGGCGAGAGCGCCGAUGGACUCGCUGUAAAGCAAGGAUUCGGAGAAGGAAACGUCGUCCGCGGUUCCCGCCUUCGGAACAACGUCGACGGCGGCGUAGACUUCAUCGAGUUCAGCUCCCUCGUCACGGUCGAGACUACCUACACCUGGGGCAAUGGGCUCAGCCACUGGGGCUUCGAGCUUUGGGGGAAACGACAACGGCUUCGAACUUCUCGAGGUAGCGCCAACGGGACCUCAAGCUCGGGGCCGACGACAAGUAUAUCAUGGAACCCGCGGCGCACGUCAUCACGAGCUGCAUGGCCUUCUAAAACGCGACGGGCGGGAUCUUGGACAAUAGGCAGCCCGGGGACAUGGUCCUCACGCGCAACACGGCCUGGAACAACACGCGCAUUGGGAUGCACUUCGAACCCCUGGAACACGGUGACGCUGAUGAGCAACAAUGCAGUUUCUAAUGGGAUCGACACGUCGCUCACAGACGAGGUCAGAUAGCAGGGUUACCAAUGUCAUGCAAGCGUAUGCAUUGUCCCCAGCCUAACGCAUCCUCGAGUUCGUGGGACUCGGGCUCUCGCAGCGACGCUUCCUUCGCCAGUCUGGAUUCGUCCACCCUGACCGGUGCGAGAGCGGCCAACAGAAGCGUCGCUGCGUCAUCUUUCUUGCUUCCUGCUAAUGGCGCCGAGAUCGGGGCUUAGUACGUCUGACCUAUCGAUACCCAUAUCGUCGUGGCCCGACCUGGCCUCACGUCACAAGGAAUCAUGCAGGCUUCGGAGAGUUCGACCACUGUAUACGCGCAUAUGGAUAUACACGAGUUUCUUGUUGCCUUACCGGCAGAAAUUAGGUUCUCUGUG